AUGGUCCAAGGCAGCGCCGACGGCUCCGGCGAAGCUCCAUUGCAACUCCGGUCGAGCUCCAUUGCAGCCCUGCCGGAGCUCCACUGCAGCGCCGACGGCUCCGGCGAAGCUCCAUUGCAGCCCGGCGUGGUCCAAGGCAGCGCCGACGGCUCCGGCUCCAUGGGUCACAUGUCGCUUGCUGUACUGCAGCUCCCCGCCGAUUCGCGUUGCAGCGUCACUGGUCGACGGCGAGAUCGUGGGGUCGCAGCUCUGCUGUGGUUGGACUGGUCGCGCCUAGAAAAAAGAGAAGAAGCAGGUGGAGCGGUGGUGGCAGCUGGUGGUGCCUGCAGCAGCAGACCCCCGUCGAGGUGCACAUCAGAGACGCACACGGCGCGGGCGACGGUCGCGGUCGAGAUCGCUGGCUACAGCCGUGUCAAGGGCCUCGGUAGAGGCGAAUGUCUCCAUUCUCCGGUAUUCUCCAUCGGCGGCUACGAAUGGUGCAUCGGCUACUACCCCGACGGCUACGACGAGGCGAACGAAGGUUACGUAUCUGUCUUCCUCGAGCUCUUGACCAAGAACGCCGAGGCGAGGGCGCUCCACAAGUGGAUGCUUGUGAAUCGGGUUAGUGGGCGGUCGAUUGUGGUGCACUCCAGCAAAGCGCCACGAGCUUUCGACCAUGAAUUUCCAGCUUGGGGCGUAGGGAAGUUCAUGAAGACGACCGCUGAAGUAGAGUCGGUGUACGUGCGGAACGAUUGUCUCGUGAUUGAGUGCGAACUCAGUGUUAUCAAGGAAACACUCGAUAUCCAUGUGCCACCCUCUGACCUUUUGGAUAAUCUUGCAACCUUGCUAGAGGGGAAGAUAGGAGCAGACGUGACUUUCAAGGUUCAAGGGGAGGUCUUUUCCGCUCAUAAAAAUUUGCUUGCGAUGCGAUCGGCGGUCUUCAACGCGGAGUUCUAUGGUCCGAUGGCGGACAAAGGUGUACAGGACAUAAUUAUUGAUGACAUGCAGCCUGCUGUUUUCAAGGCAUUUCUUCACUUCAUCUAUACUGAUUCGAUGCCUUCCAUGGACGAUCUUGAGGAUGAUGACAAAAGAGAAAUGGUCAAGCACUUGCUCGUGGCUGCAGAUAAGUAUGCAAUGGAAAGGAUGAAGAGGAUAUGUGAAGGGAUGCUAUGCAAGAGUCUUGAUGUUGAGACUGUGGCGACAAUAUUAGCUCUAGCUGACCAGUACCAUUGCAGCAACCUCAAAGAUGCUUGCAUUGAAUUUAUGCUCUCUUCGAAUAGAAUGGAUGAUGUGAUCGCAAGCCAAGGCUAUGCACACCUCAAAAGAUCUUGUCCUGUUCUCAUUGUAGAUGUGUUUGAGAGAAUAGUCAGGUCCCGCAAAACUUAGUACGCCAAACUCGUAUGAGCUACUGCUAUCCUUCAGUUUUGAAAGAUCUUUGGAGACGAAUGCCUUAUGUUGGGUCAGAGAAGGCAAUUAAGUCUUGCUAAAUUUAGCAUGCCCAGCCUGGGUUAGUUUCUAUCUAGUUACUUUUGAUACAUAGCGACCUGAGCUGAGGUUGCUAUGUCUUUCAGUUUUCGGAGAUCGUUUGCAGGAAGCAGUUGGUUCUAUAAAAUGUUUGUCUCCAAUGUAUUGGUUAUCCCGUCUGAUAUAAGUAUGUAUGAAUCUGUGGUAACUCACUAGGUGCCUUUUUAUGUUAUUACUUUAAUUGCUGGCUUAUGUGGAGAGUGAUAGACUUUAAGUUAUUGGCUUUGAAAUAAUCUGGCUGAUGUGAAGAAUGAUAAAACUUUGAGUUCUUGGCUAUCA